AUGAUGCGCCUCUCGCUCUCGGCACUCGCCGUGCUGCUGCCGCUGCUCGCCGUGCUCGUCGCACAGCUGCCCGCCGUCGAGGCGCGCAACCGCUGGUGCAUCCCGCACGGCUACGACAACCGCUGGGCACCCAAGCUCGGCAAGGGCAACAUGGAGUGCUACCACCACUGGCAGGACGGCCCCGUGGACCAGUACUCGAAGCACAUCGAGUACGUGCCCAUGAUGUGGGACCUCAACCGCCACGGCGGCCUGUGGGCGCAGCGCAAGCGCCAGAUGAAGAACAACCUGCCGCGCCGCAUCCUCGCGCAGAACGAGCCCGACGUCAAGGGCCAGGCCAACCUGGACCCCAUCACCGCGGCCAAGGACUGGGUGCGUGAGCUCAAGCCGUACCAGGACAAGGGCGUCAAGAUCUCGUCGCCGCAGAUCGUCUACGACCUCGACUGGAUGGACAAGUUCAUGACGAAGCUGCACCAGCUCGGCGCCGACGUCGACUUCAUGGCCAUCCACUCCUACACGCCCAAGGGCGACAAGGGCCUCAACCAGCUCAAGACGUUCGUCCAGAAGGUCCGCAAGCGCUACGGCAAGAGCAUUUGGGUCACCGAGUACGGCAUCACCGCCGCCUCGAACCCGUCGUCGGCCGAGGUCAAGGACUACGUCAUCAAGGCGCAGAAGUGGAUGGACUCGACGUCGUACGUCAAGCGCUCCUUCCCGCUCGGCGGCUUUGCCGUGACGCAGCCGCCGGACGCCUUUGUCACCAACAAGAUGGCCUUCUUCAGCGGCAACGGCCAGCUGCGCUCCGUCGCCAACUGGCUCGUCUACUCGGGCAAGAGCCGCCGCGACGUCGGCUCGCUGCCCUCGUCGCCGCUCGAGCACCGCGCCGCCGCGAGCCCGGGCGCCAAGCGCCACCACGCCAAGCUGGCGAGCCGUGCCGCGGCGCGCGACCAGGUCGACGCUGACCUGCUCGAGGCGCGCGACGACGACGACGCCGACGCCGACGAGAAGGACGGCGGCGAGGAGCUGCCGUGCACCGACGCCGACCCGUACUGCGGCCUCGGCGACAAGAUUGCCGAGCAGCUCGAGACGCUCGUCGACGGCGACUGGUACGAGUCGCCCGAGGACCGUGACGACGACGAGGAGGACAUCGACUAG